UUUAAACUUUUAAAGACAUGUCAAGUUUGGGCUUCGAGUGUUGAAAAAAAAUUUAUUUCUAUUGUAUUUUCGCUUAAAGUGGUAGAAAAGUUUAAUUCUUAUAAAUAUUUGUAUGACAGUUAUUGUUUAAAUAAUAUUGAAAACUAAUUGCAAUGGAUUUCAAACUGUCAAAUGGCUCUCUUGAGAUUAUAAUGAAUGGUGGAGUUUUUGACAAACCUGUGAUGCAAGUACUAGGCAGCAAAAAAAUUCAGGGAAGUGGUGCCAAUGAGAGAUAUAGGCUACUAGUGUCUGAUGGUAAACAUUCUCACAGCUUUGCUAUGCUGGCAACACAAUUGAAUGACAAGCUCAUUACAGGAGAACUCUCUGAUUACUCAGUAGUACAAAUUGAUAGAUUCGUCACUUCAGUAUUGAAAAGUACUGGCAAAGGAGAAAAACGAGUCAUGAUUAUUUUGGAUAUAACUAUUAUAGCACCCGGCACAGAAGUGGGUAAAAAGAUAGGAAAUCCUCAAUCAUGGACCGAAGAGUCUGCAUCUUCAGCUGCAGCACCAAGUCCUAUUAAACCAGCACCAAAACCCAGCCAAAUGUCCUCGAAUACUUUCCCAAAACCUUCAACUGGUUCUAAUUUAAAUUCUAGCCUGCUCGGUUCUCAAAUGACUCAUCCCAUUGCUAGUCUGAGUCCUUACCAAAACAAGUGGGUAAUUAAAGCACGUGUCAUGAAUAAAUCUGCGAUACGCACUUGGAGCAAUGCUAAGGGUGAAGGAAAACUGUUCAGCAUGGACCUCUGUGAUGACAGCGGUGAAAUAAGAGCUACUGCUUUCAGAAAUGAAUGUGAAAAAUUCUAUGACAUGAUACAGAUAGACAAGGUUUACUACAUUAGUCGUUGCCAACUAAAGACAGCCAACAAGCAAUUUAGCAGUUUGAAAAAUGAUUAUGAGAUGACCUUUACAUCAGAUACCGUUGUAGCAGAAUGUACAGAAGAUAUUUCAACUGUUCCCACCGUUAAGUACGACUUUUUGCCCAUUAGCGACAUUGCCAAUAAAAGUCCUGAUACAAUUCUUGAUACUAUUGGAGUUUGUAGAGCGGCUUCUGAUUUACAAGAGCUUACAGCGAAAAGCACUGGAAAGUUACUAAAAAAACGAGAAGUUACACUAGUCGACCAAUCGGGUGCAGCAAUUACAUUAACACUAUGGGGUAAUGAAGCAGAAAAUUUUGAUGCCAACACAAAUCCGGUGAUAGCUGUAAAGGGCGCUCGACUAGCGGAGUUCAACGGCAGCAAGUCACUGUCAUGCCUCGGGAGCACUAUGCUGCGGACCAACCCCGACCUGCCCGACGCGCACCGCCUGCGCGGCUGGUACGACCACGGCGGAGCCUCCGCAGAACUCGUCAACAUUUCAGCCAGAGUGGGCGGUUCAUCGGGAGUUAGUGGCGAGUGGAUAACGUUUACGGAGGCGGAAGCGCGAAAACUAGGCAGUGGUGAAAAGGGCGACUACUACAACUUGUUAGGGGUGCUUACUUUUACAUUCGCUGACAAUGCCGUGUAUAAAGCUUGCCCACAAGAACAAUGUAACAAGAAACUUGUGGACCAAGAGAAUGGCCUGUUCCGAUGUGAAAAAUGUAAUAGGGAAUAUCCUAAUUAUAAAUACAGACUGCUUUUGGGGGCAAACGUCUCAGACCCUACUGGCGACCAGAGAAUUACAGCAUUCAACGAAGCCGCUGAGUCCAUGCUUGGAAAGUCCGCCGAGGAAAUAGGUCGCAUGUCAGAAUACGACAAGAAUGGAUAUUCACAGUUGUUUGAUGACGUCAAAUUCAAAACUUUUGUCUUUAAGUUCAGAACUAAAAUGGAAACUUACAGCGACGAAGCGCGUCUAAAAACAACUGUAAUGAAUGCUCAGCCAGUAGACUACAAGGAUGCAAAUGCUAGACUUAUCAAAAGUAUUAAAGCUUUGAGCGGAAUUGAACUGUAAUUUUGUAAAAACAGAACUCUGAAACUUCAAGAAAAUUGUUAUAUUCUGUAAUGUUAUUUUCGUAAGUAAUUAAGGUUGUAAUAAAAAUCUCUAUGUUAUGUAAUUUCAUGAACAAACAUGUAAAAAAUACAGUUAUAACAGUCUCAGAAAUUUUGAAAAUGUUUUUAAGAUAUUAUGAUUUAUGAAUGCCAAAUUAUGAUUAGAAUUCAAUACUUUUUCAUUAAAAACUUAAUUAUAAGGUUAUAACUAAUCUGAUAAAUAUAUAUAUUUUCGUAACAUGUUUAUAUUUUAU